AUGAACAAUACCUUUCUCCUUGGACAGAUGCUCAGAGUCCCCCCCAUAACAAGAUACAUGACUCUUCUUAUAUCAGCAGUGGCUCUGCUAGUAUAUGUGGAUGCCGUGUCCCCCUACAGCCUAUACUACUCUCCUUUGUUCCUUAAAAGACUUGAGAUAUGGAGAGUAUUCACAUCAUUCCUGUACUUUGGGAAGCCAACACUAGACAUGUUCAUGCAUGUGGUCUUCCUGUACCGUUACUCUCGAAUGCUCGAGGAGGGAUGUGUCAAUACUUCCGAAUACUUCUGGCUGAUUCUUGUCAUAUCGUCUGUCCUUUUUGCCAUAUCAAACAUCUAUGGAAUAUCUGCGCUUGGAACAUCAUUUUCUGCAACAAUAACAUACAUCUGGACAAAAAGGAAUCCAAGGGCAAUCGUCCAGAUAUUUGGAUUUAUUUCGUUUCCUGCAUUCUACCUGCCAUUCAUUCUUCCCGGAUUCAUGCUUCUGUCGCGGAGAUCAAUAUCUAUAGACGAUGUGCUGGGAAUAGUUGUUGGGCAUUUGUUCCACUACUUCAAAGAUGUUUAUCCUAGGUGGGGCCGCGAUAUUCUAAGUACGCCCUGCUGGGUCAAGAAACUCUUCAAUGAACAUCCAUCGAGCUGCUGCAAGGCCCGGAAAGGCAUCACAAUCAGGGAGGGAAGAGAAAGGCACGAAAGAAAUAUGGGGUAUAGCAACGCAAGUACCACAAGUGGGGAUUCUAUGGCAAGCUUGACGGAUAUGGCAGAUACCAAGAGUAGUACAGAGAACAGUGCUGUUACUGAGGAAAGUCAAUGCUGUGCAGAAUCCUUCAAGGAUUCGUCGGUAGUGUCUUCCCAGAAGUCCAUGGCUGUUUCCACAGUAGUAGGUUCCUCGACAGAAGCCAAGAACAAUUACCUAGAUUUUACUGAAGCCCUUUGCGACAAGGAAGUAGUAGCGGAACAGAACCCAGAAAGCCAGUCCAAUGAAGAAUGGGAUGAAAAAUGGGGAGACAGUGACAACGAGAGCGAAUGUUCGUGA